GAAAGUUUGAUCUUUGUGCCUAUUUUUUGCUGUUUGGAAAGAAUAUUUUCACAGAAAUGAUCAAGAAUAGAUAGCCUAGUUGAUAAUCAGUAUACAGUUUCUUUAUAGCUUUAUAGUUUUUUUUAAAGCAAUUUUAAAAUCGUGCAGUGUGUCAGUUCUUAGCUAUGACAGUAUUUUUAUCUUUUUUCCCUCAGAUUUGACGCGAUAUGAAGAGCCAUUUUGUCAUUUUUUCAUUGUUAUUGCAACACAUACACGGUGCUGGACGACUUGACUGACCUGGUAUGGCCCCAUGUCGGGAAGAGGGAACUGGGAUUUGAGCCUGUGAGGGUUUCCAAUAUGAGGGCGGCGCAGCGGAGGAUAACAACUCUCUGAGGUCUUCAGGCGUUGGAGGUGGAGGUGUGUUUGGUGAUCCAGAUUUAGCGAAGUCAGUGUUGGAGGGAGAUUCUGUCACUCUGAAAACUGAUGAAAUACAUAGUGAAGAUCUCAUAGUGUGGACCUUUGGACCUGAUGAUACUGUCAUAGUAAGGAACUCUGAAAUUAAGAUGUUUAGAGACAGAUUGCUGGUGGACCAGUCGACUGGAUCUCUUACCAUCAACAACAUCACAGCUAAUUUUUCUGGAAUAUAUAAAUUAACAAACGUCAGGAAGAGCUCAUACAAGACAUUUAAUGUUACUGUCUAUGCUUGUCUGCCUGUUCCUGUCAUCAGAGAAUCUUCACAAUGUUCUUCAUCAUCAUCAACAUAUUGUUCACUGCUGUGUUCAGUGGUGAAUGUGGGUCAUGUGACUCUCUCCUGGUACAAAGGAAACAGUUUAUUGUCCAGCAUCAGUGUGUCUGAUCUCAGCAUCAGUCUCUCUCUACCUCUGGAGGUGGAAUAUCAGGAUAAAAACACCUACAGCUGUGUGCUCAACAACCCCAUCAGCAACCAGACGAGACAUCUGGACAUCAGCAAACUCUGUCACACAUGUUCAGGUUUGUCCACAGUUAAUAUCGUGGUGGUUUGCAUUUGUGGUCUGGCUGUGGCUGCAGUUUUGUGUGGUAUUUACUGUUACUGUCAGCGCCAGAUGCCUCAACAAGCAGCUAAUCAGGACCAACCUGUUGGAGAAGAACAUAUUAGGCUAACUAAUGGUGUAGUUCCUGGGAACGCUGGGGAUGCUGAUCGAACAAACAAUGCAGGUGCAGAAACAGCUGAUCAGAGGAGACAUUCACAAAACAAUGUUUUUGAGAAGGAUGAAAUGAAGUCAGUAUUCACACCAGUGGGAGAGUCUGUCUUACUUCAAACUGAUAUCACUGAAAUACAGGAAAAUGAGCAGAUCGAGUGGAAGUUUGCUAAUUCAGAACUUCUCGUUAAAGCUGAAUUUGUUGUCAUAGCUAAGUGGGAUAAAACAAACGAUGAGAAAUACCUAAAUAAUGAAGAAAGAUUCAAAGAUAGGUUGCAACUGCACCACAAUACUGGAUCUCUGACCAUCACAAACAUCACACCUGAACACUAUGGACAUUAUAAACUACAAAUCACCAGCGAGAGACGGAAGAUCUCAAAGAUGUUCAAUGUUGUUGCUCCUGUCCUGAAAAAAAGACAGAGUACAAUCCAGAGGAGAGAAACUUGCCCUUGAUAACAGAAGAGGACUAUACAGUAUAUCAUCCAUAAUUUAAUUCCAUUGCCAAAAAAAAAAGUUCUACUUUUAUUUUUCAGCCAUCUAAAGUACCUUAAAGACUAAAUUAAAUUUGUGUGUGCAAUACAAGCUGACAUAUUGCAUUGACUUAUUGCAUUUUCUUUUUUUAUGGUCUGUUUUGUACGGCCAUGCUACAGAUACAAAUGGUCCCCAGGGGAUUAAUUCUAAAGAAUUUGGUGAUGCCAAAAAAAAUAAAAAAUAAAAAUCAACAAACAGUAUUUUAAUUCUCAUGUUGUGUUCCAUUCAUUUUGACUCGGAGAUGAUUUUCUUUUUCCCAAAAAUGCUGGUUAAUGUCACAUUGGACUAAAACUUACUGACUUAGCUCACACAGGGAACUUCCUAAAGAAAGCUGAUAAUUUUUGUGAUUUUUUUUUAAUGCUAUAUUAUCAUUUAUCAAAUUACUUAUUCAUUAUCACAGGUUUUGUAUUUCUUUUUGGAACGCAGCCCUGAGGAGCUCCAGUGCUGAUGGUGUGGGUGAUGGAUGAGAAUUUUCCCAGCGUCACUAGCUGCUGUCUGUCAGGAAGCUGGUGAUCCACUGACAGAUGGAGGUGGGUACAGAGAGCUAUGUCAGUUCAUUCUGAAGGGUGAUGGUGAUUCAUGAUGGUGUUGAAAGCGGAGCUGAAAUCCACAAACAGGAUCCUUGCAUAAGUCCCUGGUCUGUUCAGAUGUUGGAGGAUGUAGUGCAAUCCCAUGUUGAUUGCAUCAUCCACAACCACAAAACAUCCACAGCACAAAACUCUCUGAUCACUGUUUGGUUCAUCUUCUACUCCCUAUUUCAUCCUUUGCUUUUGGAAAACUCACAUCCAACACCCGCACCAUCAGCACUGGAGCUCCUCAGGGCUGCGUUCUCUCCCCACUGCUCUUCUCCCUCUACACAAAUGACUGCACCUCUAAAGACCCCUCUGUCAAACUCCUGAAGUUUGCAGAUGACACUACAGUCAUAGGUCUCAUCCAGGACAGCGACGAGUCUGCUUACAGACAAGAGGUUGAGCAGCUGGCUGUCUGGUGCAGUCAUAACAACCUGGAGCUGAACACGCUCAAAACUGUAGAGAUGAUCGUGGACUUCAGGAGAAACCCCCCUGCUCUCCCCCCACUCACCAUCAUGAACAGCACUGUGGCUGCAGUGGAGUCAUUCAGAUUCCUGGGCACCACCAUCUCUCAGGACCUGAAGUGGGACACUCACAUUGACUCCAUCAUGGGAAAGGCUCAGCAGAGGUUGUUCUUCCUUCGUCAACUGAAAAGUUCAACCUGCCACAGGCGCAUAUGACACAGUUUUACUCAGCUGUUAUUGAGUCGGUUCUGUGCUCCUCUAUAACUGUCUGGUUUGGGUCAGCCAGCAAAUUAGAUAUAAGAAGACUGCAGCGAACUGUUAGGACAGCAGAAAGGAUCAUUGGUGUGCACCUGCCCAGCCUUCAGGACUUAUACAACUCCAGAGUGAAGAAACGGGCAGGUAACAUCAUCAAAGACCCCUCUCACCCCGGACACAACUUGUUUGCACUUCUCCCCUCAGUCAGACGCUACAGAUCUCUGUGCACUAGAACAUCUAGGCAUAAAAACUGUUUUUUCUCACAAGUACUAUGUAAAUACAUAUGCAUAUUUUCUAUACAGCUGUAUAUAGAGAGAAAAUAAUGCACAAAUCUGUACAUACAUCUUCUGUUCCAGAUUCAUACACAUUAUUAUUAUUAUUAUUGUUAAGCCUUAUUUAAAUGUUUCUGUUCUCAUGUCAGAUAUUUAUGUAUAUAUGUAUGUAUGCGUGUAUGUACCAAGAGCUUCUUAAAAAACCACAACAAAUUCCUUGUGUGUUUGCGCACACUUGGCGAAUAAAGCUGAUUUUGA